AUGACAAGAGUCGUCAUGAGUUCAGAAGCGCAUCGCUCUGAUUCCUCUCAGAUCGACUCCUACUUAUCCAUUGAAGCAGAGGACGAUACAGGAAAUGCUGGAUCCACCAAAUCAUUAUCGGAACAUGCUGCAUGCAAUGUCAUCGAGAACGGUCGGCAAUACUGCAAUGAUACAUAUUGCAUGCCCAACGACGAGGCAGAGCAGACUCGAUUAAGCAUCCUCCACCAACUCUUUCUCAUUCUUUUAGACGGCCAUCUAACCCAAACCCCCCUUCCCGACUCCAUAUCGCACAUUUUAGAUCUUGGUUCUGGGCCGGGUGACUGGGCCAUUGCGAUUGGUGAAGAACACCCAGAGGUGGAAGUAAUAGCAACGGAUAUUAGCGUUUUUGAUACCCAGUCCAUCAGCAUUGCUCCGCCAAAUGUAUAUUUCCAAAUAGAUGAUUUUGAAGAAAAGUGGACUUUUCGCGAGCAUUUCGACUUUAUUCACGUUCGGGGCCUUUCAAGGGCGGUCGCCGAUUGGCAUUAUCUGUACGAGCAAGCGUUCGAGCACCUUACACCUGGCGGAGCCAUCCAGGUCACUGAUAUAAAUCUGUGCUCUGGGGACCUACGGCCAGAUUCUUACAUUAACAUCUACAUCUCUGCGGUGGCGUCUGCAGCCGAGCUAGACGGGCAAAAUCCCGUUUUUGAACACCUUCGUCCCGGCGUACUUGCUGCUGCUGGAUUUAAAGAUAUCCGGACAUAUGAUUUCGACGUCCCUAUAGGCCCUUGGCCAGCAAGUCCAAGGGCAAUGACGAUGGGCAAGAUGGCGUUGAUUGUGCUGCUAGAAGGUCUGGAAGCCGAAAGCAUGCGCCUGCUGACAAGACAUAUGGGAUGGAACGCGGAGGACGUAAUUGACCUGUGCGAGAAGGUGAAGCUGGAAAUCGUCAACGGCGAAAGGGUGGUGGGUAAAGCCAAAAUAGUCGUGGCACGAAGGCCUGUGGCAGCCUACUAG